AUGUCCAAUAACUCAUUCACUAACUUCAAACUGGCCACUGAAUUGCCAGCAUGGUCUAAGUUGCAAAAAAUUUACGAAUCUCAAGGUAAGACUUUGUCUGUCAAGCAAGAGUUCCAAAAGGAUGCCAAGCGUUUUGAAAAAUUGAACAAAACUUUCACCAACUACGAUGGUUCCAAGAUCUUGUUCGAUUACUCGAAGAACUUGGUCAACGAUGAAAUCAUUGCUGCGUUGAUCGAAUUGGCCAAGGAAGCCAAUGUCACUGGUUUGAGAGAUGCUAUGUUCAAAGGUGAACACAUCAACUCCACUGAAGACCGUGCUGUCUACCACGUCGCAUUGAGAAACAGAGCUAACAAGCCAAUGUACGUCGAUGGUGUUAACGUCGCCCCAGAGGUCGACUCCGUCUUGAAGCACAUGAAGGAGUUCUCUGAACAAGUUCGUUCUGGUGAAUGGAAGGGUUACACCGGUAAGAAGAUCACCGAUGUUGUUAACAUUGGUAUCGGUGGUUCCGAUUUAGGUCCAGUCAUGGUCACUGAAGCUUUGAAGCACUACGCUGGUGUCUUGGACGUCCACUUCGUUUCCAACAUUGACGGUACUCACAUUGCUGAGACCUUGAAGGUUGUUGACCCAGAAACUACCUUGUUUUUGAUUGCUUCUAAGACUUUCACCACAGCUGAAACCAUCACUAAUGCUAACACUGCUAAGAACUGGUUCUUGUCCAAGACUGGUAACGAACCAUCUCACAUCGCUAAGCAUUUCGCUGCUUUGUCCACCAACGAAACCGAAGUUGCCAAGUUUGGUAUUGACACCAAAAACAUGUUCGGUUUCGAAAGUUGGGUCGGUGGUCGUUACUCCGUCUGGUCCGCUAUUGGUUUGUCUGUUGCCUUGUACAUUGGUUACGACAACUUUGAGGCUUUCUUAAAGGGUGCCGAAGCCGUUGACAACCACUUCACCCAAACGCCAUUGGAAGACAACAUUCCAUUGUUGGGUGGUUUGUUGUCCGUCUGGUAUAACAACUUUUUCGGUGCUCAAACCCACUUGGUUGCUCCAUUCGACCAAUACUUGCACAGAUUCCCAGCCUACUUGCAACAAUUGUCAAUGGAAUCUAACGGUAAGUCUGUUACCAGAGGUAACGUGUUUACUGACUACUCUACUGGGUCCAUUUUGUUUGGUGAACCAGCUACCAACGCCCAACACUCUUUCUUCCAGUUGGUUCACCAAGGUACCAAGUUGAUUCCAUCCGAUUUCAUCCUGGCUGCUCAAUCCCACAACCCAAUUGAGAACAAAUUACACCAAAAGAUGUUGGCUUCUAACUUUUUCGCUCAAGCUGAAGCUUUGAUGGUCGGUAAAGACGAAGAACAAGUCAAGGCCGAAGGUGCCACUGGUGGUUUGGUCCCACACAAGGUCUUCUCUGGUAACAGACCAACCACUUCUAUUUUGGCUCAAAAGAUUACUCCAGCUACUUUGGGUGCUUUGAUUGCCUACUACGAACAUGUUACUUUCACUGAAGGUGCCAUCUGGAACAUCAACUCUUUCGACCAAUGGGGUGUUGAAUUGGGUAAAGUCUUGGCUAAAGUCAUUGGCAAGGAAUUGGACAACUCUUCCACUAUUUCUACUCACGAUGCUUCUACCAACGGUUUGAUCAACCAAUUCAAGGAAUGGAUGUGA